GAAAGUUGUCAGAAGAAACGCAUCUGCCUUUUUUUCCAGGUGAACUGCCGUGAGUUGUCCAGCAUGAUAGUAUUUAUUUUCUUGGCUAUGGGGUUAAGCUUGGAAAAUGAAUACACUUCUCAAACCAAUAAUUGCACAUAUUUAAGAGAGCAAUGCUUACGUGAUGCAAAUGGAUGUAAACAUGCUUGGAGAGUAAUGGAAGAUGCCUGCAAUGAUUCAGAUCCAGGUGACCCCUGCAAGAUGAGGAAUUCGUCAUACUGUAACCUGAGUAUCCAGUACUUAGUGGAAAGCAAUUUCCAAUUUAAAGAGUGUCUUUGCACUGAUGACUUCUAUUGUACUGUGAACAAACUGCUUGGAAAAAAAUGUAUCAAUAAAUCAGAUAACAUGAAAGAGGAUAAAUUCAAAUGGAAUCUAACUACACGUUCCCAUCAUGGAUUCAAAGGGAUGUGGUCCUGUUUGGAAGUGGCAGAGGCAUGUGUAGGGGAUGUGGUCUGUAAUGCACAGUUGGCCUCUUACCUUAAAGCUUGCUCAGCAAAUGGAAAUCCGUGUGAUGUGAAACAGUGCCAAGCAGCCAUACGGUUCUUCUAUCAAAAUAUACCUUUUAACAUUGCCCAGAUGUUGGCUUUUUGUGACUGUGCUCAAUCUGAUAUACCUUGUCAGCAGUCCAAAGAAGCUCUUCACAGCAAGACAUGUGCAGUGAACUUGGUUCCACCCCCUACUUGCCUCAGUGUAAUUCGCAGCUGCCAAAAUGAUGAAUUAUGCAGGAGGCACUAUAGAACAUUUCAGUCAAAAUGCUGGCAGCGUGUGACUAGAAAGUGCCAUGAAGAUGAGAAUUGCAUUAGCGCCUUAAGCAAACAGGACCUCACUUGUUCAGGAAGUGAUGACUGCAAAGCUGCUUACAUAGAUAUCCUUGGGACGGUCCUUCAAGUGCAAUGUACCUGUAGGACCAUUACACAAAGUGAGGAAUCUUUGUGUAAGAUUUUCCAGCACAUGCUUCAUAGAAAAUCAUGUUUCAAUUAUCCAACCCUGUCUAAUGUCAAAGGCAUGGCAUUGUAUACAAGAAAACAUGCAAACAAAAUCACUUUAACUGGAUUUCAUUCCCCCUUCAAUGGAGAAGUAAUCUAUGCUGCCAUGUGCAUGACAGUCACCUGUGGAAUCCUUCUGUUGGUUAUGGUCAAGCUUAGAACUUCCAGAAUAUCAAGUAAAGCAAGAGAUCCUUCACCGAUCCAAAUACCUGGAGAACUCUGAUUCAUUAGGAGUCAUGGACCCAUAACAAUCACUCUUUUCUCUGCUUUUCUUCUUUCCUCUUUUCUUCUCUCCU